GAGGGAGCCCGCGGCGCGAGGAGACAACGAGGCCGCACGCGCUUUCCAUGUGCAGGGAGACGCGGAGCAGCAGGCGCCAGCGCGAGCCCCGUCGCGGGGAUGAAGUUCGCUUACAGGUUCUCUAACUUGCUGGGCACUGUUUAUCGGCGUGGGAACCUACAUUUCACCCCAGAUGGUAACUGCGUCAUCAGCCCCGUCGGGAACAGAAUCACCGUCUUUGACCUGAAAAAUAAUAAGUCAGAAACAUUACCAUUGGCAACACGGCACAAUAUCACAUGUGUGGGGCUCUCUCCAGAUGGAAGUCUUGCCAUAUUAGUUGAUGAAGAGGGAGCUGCCUUGCUUGUCAGUUUGAUUGGUAAAUCUGUGAUACAUCAGUUCCAUUUUCAGAAGCCAGUGCGCUGUGUCUGCUUUUCCCCAGAUGGCAGGAAAUUCGUGAUCACAAAGGACAAUGUUGCUCUUAUGUACCAUGCCCCUGGGAAGAAACGAGAAUUUAAUGCCUUUGUUCUGGACAAAACUUACUAUGGUCCAUACGAUGAAACAACAUGCAUUGACUGGACUGAUGAUUCCAAGUGUUUUGCAAUCGGUAGCAAGGAUAUGUCAACAUGGGUGUUUGGAGCUGAGCGAUGGGUUAACCUGAUCUAUUACUCUCUGGGAGGGCAUAAAGAUGCAAUCGUAGCCUGCUUUUUUGAAGAGAAUAGUCUAGAUCUGUACACAAUUAGCCAGGAUGGGGCCCUGUGUGUGUGGCAAUGUGAUACAGACUUGGAUGGUCUGAAGCCCAGGCCUCCCAAAGACAGAGCAGAAGAUAAGAAUGAAUCAAUAGAAGACCUGGGUGAAGAGUUUAUUGAAGAGCCCAAGGGUGAGGAGAUUCAUGGAAAAGCCAAUGAAAAAGAAAGGAGAGAUAAAGUGAAAUAUUCACGUGCUGCAAAGUACUUUUUCAACAAAGAAGGAGAUUUUAAUAACCUGACAUCUGCAGCUUAUCACAAGAAAAUGCACCUUCUGGUCACUGGUUUUGCUUCUGGAAUUUUUCACCUACAUGAGCUUCCAGAGUUCAACCUUAUCCAUUCCUUAAGUAUUUCAGACCAGAGGAUUGCCACUAUUUCUAUCAACUGCACUGGUGACUGGAUUGCUUUUGGAUGUUCAGGUCUGGGUCAGCUGCUGGUGUGGGAAUGGCAAAGUGAGUCUUACGUGCUGAAGCAGCAGGGCCAUUUCAACAGUAUGGUCUCAUUGGCAUAUUCUCCAGAUGGACAAUAUUUAGUUACUGGCGGGGAUGAUGGGAAAGUGAAAGUUUGGAACACCAGUAGCAGCUUCUGCUUUGUCACUUUUACGGAGCAUACCAGCAGCAUCUCUGCUGUAACUUUUACCUCCACCGGUUAUGUCAUUCUGAGUGCUUCCCUGGAUGGAACAGUGCGAGCCUUUGAUCUUCACAGAUAUCGCAAUUUCCGUACCUUCACUUCUCCACGACCAGCCCAGUUCUCUUGCUUAGCAGUGGACUCCAGUGGUGAGAUUAUUUCAGCUGGUUCCCAGGACUCGUUUGACAUAUUUGUCUGGUCAAUGCAGAGUGGCAGACUGUUAGAUGUCUUAUCAGGUCAUGAAGGUCCCAUCAGUAGUCUGUGUUUUAACCCAAUGAAGAGUAUCUUAGCUAGUGCCUCUUGGGAUAAAACGGUCAGACUCUGGGAUAUGUUUGAUAGCUGGAGAACCAAGGAGACACUAACACUGAACUCAGAUGUUCUUGUUGUUGCUUUCCGCCCUGAUGGCAAUGAGCUUGCGGUUGCUGCCCUGGAUGGACAGAUAACUUUCUGGGAUCAUGAAAAUGCAGUGCAGACCGGAUCAAUUGAAGGAAGACACGACCUUCAGAUGGGAAGAAAAGAGUUGGACAAAAUAACAGCCAAACAAUCUGCUAAGGCAAAAUCUUUCACUACUCUGUGUUAUUCAGCUGAUGGCCAAUCUAUUCUGGCAGGAGGAUUAUCAAAGUUUGUCUGUAUUUAUCAUGUGAAGGAACAGAUUCUUAUGAAGAAAUUUGAAAUCUCAUGUAAUCUUUCCUUAGAUGCAAUGGAGGAGUACUUGGAUCGUAGGAAAAUGACUGAAUUUGGCAGCAUGGCGCUGAUUGAUGAUGGGGCUGGGGAUGAGGAUGGUGUUGCCAUUGCUCUUCCAGGUGUAAAGAGAGGUGACUUGAGUUCUCGGCACUUUAAACCAGAGAUAAGAGUGACAUGCCUCCGUUUCUCUCCUACUGGACGAAGCUGGGCAGCGACCACCACAGAAGGCCUUCUCAUCUACUCACUAGACUCCGGACUAAUCUUUGAUCCAUUUGAGUUGGACAUUGACAUCACACCUAGCAGUGUGCGCAAAGUGCUGAGUCAGAAGGAGUACACCAUGGCCAUCGUCAUGGCCUUCCGACUGAAUGAAAAGAAAUUAAUUCAGGAGGUCAUAGAGACUGUACCGUGUAAUGAAGUUGAUGUUGUCUGCUCAUCGCUCCCAGAGCUGUAUGUGGAAAAGGUGCUGGAGUUUCUAGCCUCUGCCUUGGAGACAUCUCAUCACUUGGAAUUCUAUCUUACUUGGGCUCAGCGGUUACUGAUGCUACACGGACAGAAGUUAAAAACAAGGUCAGGGAAGCUGCUGCCCAUGAUUCAGUUCCUUCAGAAGAGCAUCCAACGUCACUUUGAAGAUGUUUCUAAACUCUGUGAGUGGAAUCGCUAUAAUAUUAAAUAUGCUUUGGCCAUUUCCCAACAACGGGGCAUGAAACGUCCUGCAGAAACAUCAGUGAGUGAAGAGGAGUUGGAGGAUUCUAACAGCGAUUAUCUUAUGGAAGAAGCAACCACGCAUUCAUAGGACAACUUAUUUUCCCUUAAUUUUCCUAUUUCUUUUUGUUUUUUGGGGACCUACAGAAGCAAUCACUUGCGCCAGUGGUAUUCACUGAGAUUAAGUGGCCCUCAUAGUGGCUUAUUUUGUAUAUGUUGUGAUAUAGGCUUGGAGUAAUCUGCAAAGAUACAGAAGCUGGUUCGAUUUAGGAUAGCUAAAGUGUAGUCCAUACAGUCCCUAAAACAUGGCUUAUGUCCUCCCUCUUCCCGUAACUGAGGGAGCGAGGACGAAGCUGAUCAGCUAGAUUUGUAUCUGAACUCAAACAAGAAGAUACUUAUGUUCAUCUGUCAAAAAAGAUAAAAGCGCAAGUAAAAUUAUUGUUUGGUGCGUUUAUUUUUGAUAAAAUGUAUAUACAUAUACAGGCAUUUUAGGCAUUGCAAGUCACUCUCUAAAGUCUUUGCUGUCACAAUAUUUCUGUGCCCCUGGAUUAAACUCUUUUUUAGUCAUUUGUGUGUGUGUGUCACUUUUCAUUAAACAUUUGGAGGGUUGCAUAUUGACCUCAACUCCAUUUCGAAAUGUUAUCCUAGUUGCAUUUAAUAAAAUAAUAAUUUUAUAAAUUCUAAAAUUAUCCAAACUUUAAGCUGAAUAUUACCCCAAAAAAGGAAAAAUAUUUGGAAUAAAUGUCAUACCAUAGUGUGAACAAAUAUGUGAGCAAAGAUUCUGUGCAGGACAGCAUCUGCAAGGAAUUUAAUUGGUUAAUGAUCAAGGGUAUUGCAGUAAAGAUUUAUGUCCAGAAAUUUCCAGCCUGUUGAAUGCAACUUAUACCACUAUGUAACCAAAUCAGAAGAACAUUAAAUAUCUGAAUGUUUGUUUCUCUUUUCUUUUUUUCGUUUUAACAUGACAGCUGUUGUAUUUUUUUUUUUAACAGUACAACCAGGGUUCAUUAGGAUGUCAGAUUCUGCAGGUUUGGGUCUCUCAGUUGCUUUAAAUGUGUGUCAACAUGAGCACCAGUUAAUUACUUUUUUGAGAUUCUGGGUAUGGAAAAAACAUGCACGUCUCUUAUGCAAUACAUUAACAGAUCUCUAUUAGUGAAGAAUAUCUCACAGAUUACGGAUGGGGAUCAAUCACAAGUGAUCUUCUAUUGAAUUCUGUUUUGGUGGCAACACUUGGCAAAAAGGUUACUGAAAACUGUUACAGAGAAAAUGUGCAUAAAAAUGUUUAGAUGUAGAAAAAAAAUCAGUUUGUAUGACUCAACGGUAUAAAAUAAAUAUUACUGUAUACUCUGGUGAUUGAAGUAAAUAAAUAUGCCAGUGUAAAACUGUU